CAUCUUGAUUUCUCGUGAAGCGACCCACCCAGCAGCAGUGUCACAGUAGUACGCUGUGCUCCCGUAUACACGGCGGGUGAUAGUGGGUGUCUAUCGUAACCGAAGAAGAGCGAAUAAAUUUGUUCCGCAACUGUUCCUGCGGUUUUUGUUACACGUAGUGCGGUCGCCGACUAACACUCGCUUCGAAGUUCGUUAAACUGGUCAUUGUCGCGGGGAACCAGUAGGACGGAGGACGGUGCCGGAAUUUAAAGAAAGGUUUGGCGGAGAGUGGCAAGAUGAAGGGGAUGCUGGUGGCCGGACUGCUGACCGUUCUGAUGAUCUGCCGGGGCCCGGCGGUUAUUGCGGUGUCGGAGAGGCUCGAGUUGGCACCAGCCGGAGGAAGAUCAGAGCCGCAGGUUGCGACAUUAUGCGAGGCCGGCGACGUGUAUCUGGCGCAGCACAUGGGCGAGCAGGGCCGCUGGGUCUCGUCCGCCGACACCAAGAGCUGCAUGACGGACAAACUCGACAUCCUCGAAUACUGCAAGAAGGCUUAUCCUAAGAGAGACAUCACCAACAUUGUCGAGUCUUCGCACUACGUAAGGGUCAGCGGUUGGUGCAAGCCUGCAAGAACCAAAUGCAAAUUGUCACGUUGGGUCAAGCCCUACAGAUGUCUCGAGGGCCCGUUCCAAAGCGACGCGUUGCUCGUUCCGGAAGGGUGCCUCUUCGACCACCUCCACAAUCAGACGAAAUGCUGGGAAUCUCAUAGAUGGAACGCGACCGCCGCGGACACAUGCAGGGAGAGAAACAUGAACCUGAGGAGCUUCGCGAUGCUUCUGCCCUGCGGCAUAUCAUUGUUCUCUGGUGUCGAGUUCGUGUGCUGCCCGAAACACCUGAAAGAAAAUGUGAAGCCGAAGAAACCCAUCGACUUACCGAUUCCAAAGGGUGUGGAUGAUGAUCUCGACGAGGACGAGGAUGAUCUCGAUGACGAGGAUGACCUCGACGCUGAUACGGACGACGACGAUGACUCUGAGGCAGAUCCUGAGGAUGUGCUCAGCGACCAACCUGACGACGACGAAAGUGACGAGGAGUAUCUGGACGAUUACGACACCACGACCAGUCGAUUAUCAACGACAGUUUCGACGACAGAGAAACCGAAACAAGAUGUGACUGCUAUGCCAUUGCCGGUCAGCACCAGCACGCAACAAUCCUCGCAGUCUCAGAGCACACCUGAUCCGUACCUAACACACUUUGAUCCGCGCUCUGAACAUCAAAGUUACAAGCAAGCACAAAUGAGACUGGAAGAGGUGCACAAAGAAAAAGUGACAAAAGUGAUGAAGGAUUGGAGUGAUCUCGAGGAGAAAUAUCAGGACAUUCGCGAACACGAUCCGGUUGCUGCUGACGCUUUCAAACGAUGGAUGACUGCACGGUUCCAGGAAACUGUCGCGGCUCUGGAAGAAAGCGGUGCUGUGGAGAAGCAUCAGUUGAGCGCUAUGCACCAGCAGAGAGUGCAAGAAGCUGUUAAACAGAGGAAUGAAGAAGCGAUGUCAUGUUACACUGCUGCUCUGAACGAUUCCCCUCCGAAUAUGCACCGUAUUCAGAAGUGUCUGCAGAAACUGCUCCGAGCUCUUCACAAGGACAGACACCAUACCAUCGCUCAUUAUAGACACCUUCUAGACAGCAGCCUGGAGCAAGCGCAACGCGAGAAACCAGCAACCUUGGAACACUUGGCGGAGAUCGACAGAAUCACCAAUCAGAGCCUUUUGAUGUUAGAACGGUAUCCUGAUUUAAGCGCAAAAAUUGGCCGGCUUAUGGAUGAUUACGUUUUGGCCCUCAGGAGCAAAGAUGAGACUCCUGGACUGCUGUUAGCGAUGACACGCGAAGCGGAAGCAGCGAUUUUAGACAAAUAUCAGGCUGAUGUCACCAGCAAACAGCAAGAAAAAGAGCAUCAAAAGGAACUCGAACGAGCACGCAAGGAGCAACGCAAAGCGGAACGCGGCGAAUUACGUACCGAGCAGGCUCAGCAGGAAGAGAACGACUCGACAAAUGAUAACAAAGAUACUCAGCAGCAACAACAACCAGAACAAUCCUCGGCAGCUGCCGCGAUGCACAGUGAGGGACUCGUAAGAGCAGCUCACAGCAUGAACCAUGAAAUUUCCCACUCUGAACCGGGAUACUCAAUUAGAGGGAAUUCAAGGGAAGUUUACCGUAGAGAGAGUACAUCAGUCUACUUCACCCUUGCGUUCGCGGGAAUAGCACUUAUGGCUGCUGCGGUAGUUGGUGUGGCAGUAUUCAAAAGACGCAGUGCGAGAAGCCCUCACAGUCAGGGUUUCAUCGAGGUCGAUCAAGCGGCUACACCAGAAGAACGACACGUCUCGAACAUGCAGAUCAACGGAUAUGAAAAUCCUACAUACAAAUACUUCGAGGUCAAAGAUUAAGUUAGCCAUCUGGAUCUACAGAAUUUUAUUUGAAACUGGUCUUAAUUGUCCGUUCUCGCGUAUGUUCUUCAAGAAUCUCAUAGUAUUUUGUUAGUGUAAGAUACCUAAUCAGGUCCGAGGUUCUUCCGAAGAUUCGAAGUAUAUAGAGAGAUUUGCAUCUUAGUGAUACGUGGAAUAUAAAAUCUGUCCAUAGGGUGAUAGAUGUUGCAAUACAGUAUCAUUAUGUGACGUCCCUUUAUAUAGCCUACCGACGUGUCACGACCAUUCUUUAUGCUCCUCGACAUGUAUAAAGCAAUGCUCCUAAUAACAUCUGGUAGAUUACGAAAACGAGGACGAGCGUCCGCGUGUGACGCUCGCACGCGAAUGGAGAUUAUCUACGAGACAAUUCGCAAUGAAAGCAACACGCCAAUGUGCCAUAUGGGAGGAAAACACAUAAUCGUCUUCGGAAGUAUCUCAUACACGUUGUUUUCGUUUCGUUGUCAUACAUGUUAUUGAGAAUAAAAAAGAAAACGCAGGAAGGAGCGCUCACAAUAAAAUAAAAAUGACGAAGAACCGAUACGUUCACUCGCUAAUUGUCCGCAACAACAUUCUUUUGAUGAAAGGACCGCAAUCGAUUUAACAUGAUAAUUCAUUGUGUCUUCGGCGACGGAAAUAUCUAUUACGAACGCGCGACCGAAAGAAACGCGUGACUGUUGCGCUCUUUGCUGUAUUUUUCAGUUCUGAUAUUUUCGGAGAUAGUCAAUGGCAAUAAAGGUUGCGCAGCUUGAACAUAAUACGUGAACAAACUAAAGACGAUAGCAGCGGUAGCGGCUUGCACGGCGAAAAAAAGCAGCAAAGUAUAAUCCGAUUAAAAUAUAAUAAUAAUAAUAAAUAAAGAAAACGUAAGCAUAAUA